CCUUGACUUCCGGUCAGUGAAUUUGUAGUUUACGUGGCUGCAGUUAGCAGAGAAAAAUACACAGUUUCGGCAAGAUGCCGAAGCAAAACGAAUUAAUGGACAAGGCUGAAGAUGUCGCUGAUCAGAUUUUACGACAUUCGAAACACGUACUGCCUCACGUUGCCAGAUUUUGUUUAAUUUCCACGUUUUUAGAAGAUGGUAUUCGAAUGUGGAGUCAGUGGGGUGAACAGAGAGAUUAUAUGAACUCAUCUUGGGGUUGUGGAUGGUUUCUCGCUAGUCUCUUUGUGUUUAUUAAUUUAAUCGGUCAGCUCGGAGGUUGUGUUAUGGUUUUAAGUAGACAGAAAGUCACCAUUGCCUGUGGAAUUUUGUUUGGAAUUAUUGCUUUACAGACGGUAGCUUACAGUAUUUUAUGGGACUUAAAAUUUUUAUUAAGAAAUUUAGCCUUAGCUGGUGGAGUGUUGCUAUUAUUAGCUGAAAAUAAGGCAGAAGGAAAGAGUUUGUUUGCUGGUUUACCUUCACUGGGAGAAAAUAAUCCCAAACAGUACAUGCAGCUUAGUGGCAGAAUAUUACUAGUUCUAAUGUUCUUAACUUUAAUUCGAUUUGAAAUGAACUUUUUUAUGCUUCUACAGAAUAUAAUCGGUACAGUUCUUAUUUUGGCGAUUGCCGUCGGUUUCAAAACCAAAUUAUCUGCAUUAAUAUUAGUCGUUUGGUUAACUUGUUUGAAUUUUUAUUUCAAUGCAUUUUGGAGUAUUCCUGAUUAUAAGCCAAUGCGCGAUUUUCUCAAAUACGAUUUUUUCCAAACAUUGUCAGUCAUUGGGGGUUUAUUGCUUGUUGUUGCCUAUGGCCCUGGAGGCGUCAGUAUGGACGAACAUAAAAAACGCUGGUAACGCAAAUAUAUUUAGGUUUAUAUAAUACCAUGGUUUAAAGCAGAUCAUUGUUUAUGUAUGUUGCUAGGUUACAUUAUAAAUAACCUUGACAUUGCCAUGGUAACUAUCAAGGUCAGUCUUCUGUUAGAUUUUUUUUGUCAAUGAUUUGCCUCCGACAACGAAAUUCCAACAUGGAACUCAGACUUUGAUUAUAUAUAUUAAGGGUGACGGUUAAUGAUAUUGAAAGAAUAUUUCAGGUUGCCAUGACAAUCUAUUGUUUGUUUCUAUAGAAAAACCAGAUCUGCUGUGAGAGUGGUACGAAAAUUGUUGCUUUUAGUUUUAUCAAAAUUUUCUUUGUUUUUUUUUUUGUACCCUACAAACUUUCUGUAUGAAUUUCAUAUUGUCAUCUGAUAUAGUGUAUUUAGUAUUAUUUAUGGGAAAUUCGUUAAAAAUCUCAAAGCAAAUUAAUUAAAAAUCGUUUAUUUUUAGUAAAAAAAAACAAAACUUGAAAUAAAGAGUUAAACAUACAAAUUCGCAAAGUAUAUGGUGUAGAGCCCUUUUGAAACUGUUAAUUGUCAUAUUAAAACAGCUGUCCUGAUGAGGAUUUUAUAUCUGAAACCUACAUCUACAGCAUAGAAUAAGCUCUUGUUAUAUAGAAAUGCCAAAAAUAUAGUUGGAAUGAUUGUUCAUGUACCGUGUAACAUUUUUUGAUUCUAGUCUGAUAAUUUGUUCAAUUUGCCAUCAAUUCAUAAAAUCACUUCAAUUUAUAAUUUUUGCAUGUAAAUUUGUCUUCAGUGUGAAUGUAUUAUGUAUGGUGUUCAAUAUCUUUCAUUCUAAACUACUACCCUCAAACCCACAGAAUUUAAGAUGUAACUUUUUCAGUGCUGGCACGAGAUGGGUAAUGAACUUACAAUGCCGUCAAUUAUGAUAUGUCAAUCCCUUGAAAUUGUCUGAGGUAAUAAUUACAGCAAAUACAUAUUAGCCAUGUGAACUCUCUUACAGGGAUGCUGAGUUGACAAACCUAAAUACUAAAUAAACAAUAUUAGCUAUGUGGACUCUCUUGAAAGGGAUGUCGAGUUGACAAAACAAAAUUCUACAUAAAUCAUUAUGUUGAUUCUCUGAAAUGGAUGUUGAGUUGACAAACCCAGAUACAAUAAAGUUUUUCAGCUAUGUGGACUCUCUGAGGAUGUGCCCUUCCUUAAUAGCAACAUUGUAUUCAAGAGACAUAUUUCAACUCAAUGCUAUCUUUACAGAUAUGAAGUUUUAAUUUUGAGUGAAACUGGGUAUAUAUGAAUGUGUAUCCCCACCUCAGACCCCAGUAAUUCAGUUUGGCAUUACAAUAAUGUAAAAUUAGAUAUUGCCAAGUUAUUGUAAACAAGUUGUAAAUAAAUAAAAUACAAAAUCACUUGG